GUUUUGUUAGUACGCCACAAUAAAAGUUCAAAUUAAAGUCGUCUUGUUUGUACUGAAAGUACGAGAUUGCCUGCUAAAUAGCAUUAUUGGUUAUCAGUUUGCGUUAAAAUGCAACCAGCAUGUAUGAAAAUUGCCCUCUUGGUUUUCAUAGCCUUGUUUGCUACGAAAGCAAGAUCCCAAACUCAGCAUAGCAUUGGACCUUACACAACAAGCGAGACUGAACGAUGUGUGUGCCGGCCACACAUCACAGUCAAUCCGCCUGUUUGUAGUCGCUCCUCUCCCGUGAACUCCUCCGGUACCGGCUACAACUGUACGACCGUCCAGGAAACACUUCGUACAGUACUAAGAAAUCAAGAAACGGCCUCCUCUGAGGCACAAGGUUUAAGACGACAGGUGGAUGAGCUACAAUUAUCUGUUUCUAUGUUGGUGGAACUCCUUCAUAGUAGAAUGACCCUCCAAAAGGAUUGUUCCGAGGUUCAUGCGAGGGGAAUGAUGAUCAGUGGCGUGUACACGGUUCAAACUCUAGGUUCUACUGAAGCUUUCGAGGUGUAUUGUGAUAUGGAGACAGACGGUGGUGGAUGGACGGUUUUCCAGCGGCGCCAGGACGGCAGUGUAGAUUUCUAUUUGGACUUUGCCAGCUACAGCCGGGGCUUUGGGAGUCUAGAGGGAGAGUUUUGGCUUGGUAACGACAACUUGCACCGUCUGACCGCUCAGGGCGUGUACGAACUCCGCGUAGAUCUCACAGGCUUCGACGACGUCACUGGGUAUGCCGUGUAUGACUCGGUCAACAUCGCCAAUGUGAGCGACAAUUACAGGCUGAUAGUAGACGGUUUCUCAGGAAACGCAGGAGACUCGUUAGCACAUCAUAAUAACAAUGCAUUUACGACCAAAGACCGAGACAACGAUUUCUGGCGUGGUAACUGCGCCGAGGUUAACCACGGAGCCUGGUGGUACUCCAGCUGCUACGACUCCAAUUUGAACGGGAGAUACUUCAAUGAGGCCAGUGCCAAUGUGGAAGGAAUUAGGUGGUAUGGCUUUUCGAAUUACCGCUCACUCAAAACUACUGAGAUGAAAAUUAGAAGGAAAGUUUAGUCCUUAAAGGCAGUGGACACUAUUGGUAAUUACUCAA